UGGCAACCGGCGCCGUCCCGCCGGCGGCGGCUAGGCCGAUGCUCGCCCGGCGGCCGCGGGACCCGCUGCAGGCGCUGAGGCGCCGCGGCCAGGAGCUGAAGCUGCAGGUGGAUAGUUUGGUUACUGAAAGCCAACUAACAGGUGCUCUGGAACCAAGUAAAAGGAGAGAUAUUUACCAAAGAUGUAUCCAGUUAAAACAGGCAGUAGAUGAAAAUAAAAAUGCUCUUCAGAAAUUAAACAAGGCCGAUGAAGUUGCUCCUGUGGGGAACUAUGAGAAGAGAAAGGAGGAGGAGCACAGUCUCCUGGAGAAGCUCUCCUGCCAGCUGCAGGAGCUUGCUGUGGGCAUCAGCAGAAUUGAAGCACACAGUGACAAAGAGGAAGAUGACACCACUGAAGAAGAUGAGGAAGAAACUGAAGAAACUGAAGAAACUGGUGGAGAGGAAGAAGAAUCAGAAGGGGACGAGGAAGAGAGUCAUGAACAAGCCUCCCCCACGCAAGCAGACAUUGUCAAGUACAUUGCUCUCGGGGACUUCAGUGCUCAGCAGGCCGGGGACCUGACAUUUAAGAAAGGAGACAUUCUCCAUAUAAUUGAAAAAAAGCCUGAUGGGUGGUGGCUGGCUAAGGAUGCUGAAGGCGCCGAGGGUCUCAUCCCCAGGACCUACUUGGAGCCCUAUAAUAAGGAAGACACGCGAGAAUCAAGUGAAGGCCUCAAGGAGGGCAGUGAAGAGGACGUGGAGGUGGAGGAUGAAACUGCAGAUGGAGCUGAAGUGAAGCAGAGAACUGAUUCCCACUGGAGCGCUGUUCGGAAAGCUAUCUCAGAGCAGAUAAGUACAGUUGAUGUGUUAGCCACGAUGGGAGCUAUUCCUGCAGGGUUCCGGCCUUCCACACUCUCCCAGCUACUGGAUGAAGCAGGGAACCAGUUUCGGGCAAGCUACUUCUUGCAGCCGGAGCUCACGACAUCACAGCUGGCCUUCAGAGAUCUUGUGUGGGACGCUAAGGCAGGCACGAUUAUGUCAAGAGCAAGUCGUGUUUCAUUGAUUCUGACGCUGUGGAGCUGUAAAAUGAUUCCUCUCCCCGGAACAAGUAUACAGGUUCUCAGCAGACAUGUACGCCUCUGUCUGUUUGACGGUAGUAAGGUUCUGAGUAAUAUCCAUACAGUCCGCGCCAUGUGGCAGCCUAAAAAGCCCAAAACAUGGACCUUUUCUCCCCAGGUCACCGGCAUCUUGCCAUGCUUGCUCGAUGGUGACUGCUUUAUCAGGUCCAAUUCUUCAACUCCAGACCUCGGGAUAUUGUUUGAACUCGGAAUUUCUUACAUUCGCAAUUCUACUGGUGAGAGAGGAGAGUUAAGCUGUGGCUGGGUGUUUCUUAAGCUUUUCAAUGCCAGCGGAGUUCCUAUUCCAGCAAAAACGUACGAACUCUUCUUGAACGGUGGCACUCCUUAUGAAAAAGGUGUUGAAGUGGACCCCUCAGUGUCCAGAAGAGCACAGGGCAGUGUCUUUCGCCAGAUGAUAAGCAUGCGGAGGCAGCCUCAACUUCUGGUGAAACUGCGCUCUCUAAACAGGAGGUCAAGGGCCAUGCUCAGUCUGCUGCCAGAAACCUUGGUGGGGAGCAUGUGCUCCACUCACUUACUGAUAUUUUACCGACAAAUUCUUGGAGAUGUACUCCUGAGGGACAGGACAAACCUGCAGAGUGCUGAUGUGGCACAUGGAAUAUGACAUUGGUGUCCACACAUCACUCAGGAGCAGCUUUGUGAGCCCAAACAUGCCCAGCUCCUUCCCACACACAGCCUCAGCUUUUCCAUUCUGGGCCCACCUGGAAACAGUUUCCUCUUCAGUCUUGGACUCAUCUCUUUUCACCUGUGACCUGUCAUCUUUUCAGGAAGCCAGCAGAGUCGUCCCCGACAGCUGUGCUUAACAUAAUGAAGUGUGUCCAUGGAUCAGUUACAAGUCAAUAAAUGAAACUGUUCCAGUGUCGCUGGACCAUUUUUUAUCCGUGGGGUUUCAUUUUAAAUUCAUUGUUAUGUGUGUGUGCUAGAUGAUGCCUUCACGCGCACAUGAAUGCAUUGCAGGUGGAAGUCCAGGCUUUUUGUUGGGCAAAUUCAUGCCUCACCCUCCACUUCACUCAUCAUGGAAGGGCCUCUCAAUUGAGCCCGGAGCUUCCCCAUACAACCUGACUGGCUAGCUCUAGGAUCCACUCUCUCUACUGCAAUAUAUGUGAGCUGCCACACCAAACUAGCAUUUGCAUGGGUUCUGGGGAGUCCAGACUUCAGUCCUCUUAUUAGUACAGCACCUGCUGGCACCAUUCAGUUAUCUCCCUGAUCCUUGUCAUUUGUUUUUGAGUUCAAAACUUUUUCCAAGUAAAAUAUUAAAAAAAUACUUUUAGAAAUCAACAAGCUGUCACACAUGAAUGAACUUUCCAAGAGAAGUACCCAUGCUAUAAGAGCCUGGUUUUAAAAUAAACCAUUUUAAUUCUGUGGUGCAUCGCUUGAACUCUGGAAAUCAGUGUGUCCAGAUACCCACUGCCUGCUGGGUAUAUGAUGAUGUGCCCUUGAAUGAUGAGUGAGAAAGGUAUGGUUGAACCCAUCAUAAUAGAGCACCCACGCUUCAAAACAAAUGACGUGAGUAAUCCCUUUAGCCUUUUACAAUAAUUGGUCACAAGAAAAAUAGACAGAGGGACCAUGUACCAAGAAGACCUGAAUGAAUGUGUAACACGAAGAAAGGCUUCUACGAGCAGGUAAUAUCAAAGAUGAAAUAUCAAAGAUGAAACCUGAGCAAAAGAUUAGACAGUGGGGAGAUUUGAGAGAAUCCUUUCUGUUAGAGUAACCAGUGUGCCUGGACACCCAGCGCGGGAAAAUGCAUCUAUGCCCAUGAGAUUGAAGUUGAAGGUAGGCUGGCAUGGAAUGGAGUACAGGGAUUGGGACAGCCUGGCAAGGCCUCACACUGUGGACAAUUAUAUUCCUAGUUAGAAGUCUACAUCCAGAGUCUUGUCCCAGAAAUGUAGGAGAACAAAGUCAAAAGCUACACAGAAACAUCCAAAGAAAUACCUGAGCUGUAACCAUCUGUUGCCCUUGGAUUUAACUACUAGGAACCUUCACCAGUAGCACAGCUCACAUGCAGGCUUACUGGCUGUUGUAGAGGCAAGGAGGCUGUUCUCGGUUGAUCUCUACUGAGGUGCAGGAUGGUGGGAUGUGUGACACUAGGCAUUUCGGAAACAAAUGCUGUUGUCUGAAUGUGACUCUUCCGAAAUUGAUGCAUUGCAUUAUGAUGGAAUAGAGAGGAAGGGAGGGCCUUUAAGAGGAAUCAGGCCCUUGACUCUUGAGUGGAUUUAGGUAUCUUUGUAGAAGGGCUUGAUACUGCCCUUCUAGUUCUUCCACACUCUCUUUUACAGAAGAUACACUGGCCAUCCUCCUGGGAUACCUCAUUUCAGAACUUCCUAGAAUAAAUGUAGAGACACAGAGAGAUUAAAUGGGACAGCUUCGAGCCUCUGAACUCUCCUGGAAGCCAAAGUGUGUAAAAGGGUGUUAGCAGCAAAUAAUUGGCCUAAAUUUUAAUCUGAAUAGACAUGGUGAGAUCAAAUAAAAGAAAAUAAGAA